CCCAGCGCGGCUUCACUUGCCCAUACUCGGCUUCGCUCUGCCAUUGGCUGAUCUCCAGUGACGUCACGUUAAGGGCCACCUGCUAACAGGAGAGAGGGAAGAUGGCCGAGGCUGGGAGAGAGGACAAGGAGUUGGAAGAGCUGCUGGACAGUAAGAGCUGAUUUUACAUCUGAUUUAGGUUGCUGGGAAUAGACAGAGCAGUCCUGGAGGGGGAGGGGGUCUGUCAACAUGGGGGGGGCUGGUCUGUCUGUGCUGUGUAUUUGGGGGUCAGUAUGGGGGGCUGCACAAUGUCCCUGGCUGGUAUACAUGGAGGUGCUGUCUGUGCUGUGUAUUUGGGGAAGGGGGUGUCAGUAUUGGGCUGCACUGCCCUGGCUGGUAUACAUGGAGAGGAGGAGGGGUCUGCCAACUUGGGGUGUACUAGGGGGCUGGUCUGUCUGUGUAUUUGGGGGUCAGUAUUGGGGCUGCACACUGUCCCUGGCUGGUAUACAUGGAGGAGGAUGGGGUGUACUGGGGGCUGGUCUGUCUGUACUGUGUAUUUGGGGGUUAGUAUUGGGGCUGCACAGUGUCCCUGGCUGGUAUACAUGGAGGGGAAGGGGUCUGUCAACAUGGGGGGCUGGUCUGUCUGUGCUAGUAUUUGGGGGUCAGUAUUGGGGGCUGCACACUGUCCCUAGCUGGUAUACAUGGAGGAGGAUGGGUCUGUCUGUACUGUGUAUUUCGGGGGGUGUCAGUAUUGGGGGCUGCACAGUGUCCCUGGCUGGUAUACAUGGAGGAGGAUGGGUCUGUCUGUACUGUGUAUUUCGGGGGGUGUCAGUAUUGGGGGCUGCACAGUGUCCCUGGCUGGUAUACAUGGAGGGGAAGGGGUCUGUCAACAUGGGGGGCUGGUCUGUCUGUGCUAGUAUUUGGGUGUCAGUAUUGGGGGCUGCACAGUGUCCCUGGCUGGUAUACAUGGAGGAGGAUGGGUCUGUCUGUACUGUGUAUUUCGGGGGGUGUCAGUAUUGGGUGCUGCACAGUCCCUGGCUGGUAUACAUUGGGGGAUUACAUUAAAAUCAGAGCUGGGGUGAGGUGCCGAUGUAAUACACCCACCUAACCGUCAGACCUUUUACCUGCCCAGGUACAUGCUGCUGAGAAUCAGGGAGAUGGACUUUGAUCUCAUUGUGUGACACCAAUACCUGUUACUGUCCCUUUAAUAACUGCUGUUUAGAGUAAUGCAUUGUGGGUUAACACUUGGCAUGCUGACCCCAGGGCUGUUUUACUCUGUGUCAUCAAACCCUCUCUGCUGGUUAAACAUUGUGUCACAUGGCUUCCAUAUACUAAAACUAGCCAAACUCAGUCAUUGUUAACCUUGUCCCUUCAGCUCUUGCGGACAACAACUCUCACCAUGAUCAGCCAGCCACACUGGUUAGUGUUAGUUGGUUUUCUCUCUUUAGUCACCUAGUCUGUUUCUAUAAGUGUUUUAUUUCACUUGAUAUUUAGUUGACACUACAUUUAAAAACUGAAUUGCAAAAUUUAGCCCAAAAUCUCCAGGUUUAAUGUACAAAGGAGCUUGAAAUCAAAACUGAGACUUCUUGUCUGGAUUUUUGCAAUUUUUUUUUCAGUUAACUACAGUUUGGUGUUUUAGCAUAUAAACUAAACCUUUCUAGAAAUGCACUUUUUUCCCCCUAUUUUGUCACUUUGUGUAUUACUUUGAUUUAAAGCGCCUUUAUGUUCUGCAUAAUUUGGCAGAUUUACAUUUUUUGAUCGAGGUCAAUUGUGUGUGUGUGUGUGUGUGUUCGUUAAAUAUCUAUCACAUGUACAUAUUUGUAGAUGUAAAAUUAAUAGUAUUUACCCCAUAUGGGUUAAUAAUGCCAUUUCCUGCCAUGGUUAACUCCACCUCUAGUGGCUGUCUACCAGACAAUCACUAGAAGGACUUCUGGGUGGUUAAGCGACUUUUGGUUGCCUAACUGACGCUGGACGUCCUCACACUGUGCAUAAGGACAUCCGAAACCUCUUAGGAAAGCAUUAUACAAUAUUUUGCUUAGGAGGAAGUAACUGCAAUUACCGGACAUGCGCAUUAGGUCCCGCUGACAGUGGGGGAGGAGCAAAGGUGUAGCCUGAACCAACGUCGAGGGACACCCCUUCUGCACCACAGAGGGAGGGCGCUAUAGGGAACACAACUUAUGGUGCCAGGAGGCCCCUGGGCACUUUCUUGUCUGAAGGUAUAAAACUGUUCUCAAACAUUUUAACCCCAAAGGUUGCCUCCAGUGCUGGUUAUGCAGUUCUCCUGGCGGUAUCCAGCUUCUGAAAAUGAGUUUCAGCAGUAAUUCUAAUCAGUCAGCGGCGUCCAUGCUUGGCGGCACUCCAUGGUUUCAGAAGGCAGAUGCCGCUGGAGGAACUAAACAUCUGGUGCUGGAGGCAACCUUUAGGGUUAAACCGUUUGAGUACAGUUUAGAAAGCACCCAUUGGCCUCCUUGAACCAUAACAACUUAAUAUUGAUGAGUGUUCAUUUUUAACUUUAUUUCACUCAUUGCACUUUCCCUCAGUCCUUCUGACAUCUUUGAGAGUCAGUCUAUUGGGUGAUCAAGAGGUGAAGUCAUGUGUCACAAAUUGUGAUACAUAGUAGGUUUGAGGUUAUUCAUUUUGUCGAUUUUUAUAGAUACUGUGUAAACAUUUUCAGAUGCAAUAUUGACUCCUCUAUACGAGUCCUAGCACAAAAUAUAGGUAACAUUAUAGCUAGAUUAACAUUAGUCUUUAGUGUUGAAAAAUUGGUUACAUAUAGAACUAUAUAAUGGACCUCUUUAUCAUUUAUUGACGGAAGACCAUAAACAACUAGAAUUUUUUUUUUUUUUUUUUUCUACACUUGGGGAAAGCUUACCAACUGUAAUCUUCCUUCAAAGAAGUAGUGCUAGAUUACAGAGACACUAGCAGAGAGUGCAGGUGUCAUGACCUCUCCCUGCCUCUACAUUAUGUCCUCUCCUUUCUACCCAUGAACAGCGUUUUGCUGAUGCUCUCUGGGAUCUCAAUGGAAGCAUAGCAGGCACACUCUGCACAGUAUAGUAUUCAUUGUGAUCUCACCAUGCUAUCUAAUGAAUAUAGGAGUAAGCCGCUAUGUUCUGUUCCGUAGCGCCUUUUCCCAAUAGUCACAACACACAGAACUUCUGAUGAAGUGAUCAUUUGAAUCAUGAAACGCGUAAGGCAGCAUCGGUUCUUACAACACAAACGAGUGCAGCGAAGUGGAAUGCAAAUGGACUGCAGUGGAACGCACGCAGGUAUCAACUAGCGGCAAACCUCUAUUCCAUACACCUCACUGUCUCCAAGGCCGGCAAUUGGGAGAGAAUUGAGGGGACACAGAUGUAGACUAAGGUCUAGUUCUAGGCGUUGUGCCACAUAUGCCUGGUUCUAAUUAUAUUUUACAUGUUCUACUUUUAGACAACUUAAUCCUCUUAAUUAAUUUGAUGUUGUUGAUCAGAAAGACUUAAAUAAGUCUGUUCUUCUUGACAGGUGCUCUCGAUGAUUUUGAAAAGACCAGCCAACCACCAAAUCCUGUAGACACUAGUACAAACGAUGCUCAACCAGAAAGAUCUCCAGGAGAUACUGCUAAGGUAAGUCACUUGAAAUCUCUGUUUUCUUCUUCCUGCUUUAGAAGUAAGUUACCUAAGUUGCCUCUCUGUCCUCUGCAGGAUGCACUGUUCACCUCCCAGGAGAAGUUCUUUCAAGAGUUAUUUAACAGUGAGAUGGCUGCUCAGGCCACAGAAGAGUUCGAGAAGGCUAUGAAGGAACUGGCUGAUGAAGAACCCCAUCUUGUAGAGCAAUUCCAGAAGCUGUCAGAGGCUGCAGGCAAAGUUGGUAAGUUGAUAAGCCUACAUUACAUUCCCUACCAUGUCCUUCUUUAAAUUUGGAGCAGAUAGGAAGAUUGUGAAUAUGUUUGUCAAGCAUUUAUUUAUUUUUGGAGGGCAAACAAUCUUCAAUAUCCAAAACAGUGGCAUAAAUGAGUGUCUAGUACAGGUGUAGGCAACCUUCAGCACUGAAGAUGUUGUAGACUACAUCUCCCCUGAUGCAUUACCAGCUUUAUGGCUGUAAGCGCAUUCUGCGAUAUGUAGUCCACGACAUCUGGAGUGCCAAAGGUUGCCUACUCGUGGUCUAGUAGGAUGGGAGUUGGUAUGAGGGUGAAUCUAUUCUGGGCUGCUUUGAUCCUCUGACAUUGCAAUCAGCUUUUUGUUUGUGCCCACUUAAUCCUUUGUAGCUUGGUGAAGCAGAAAACUGGUAUGAAAUAACUGGGUCCUAUUCUUCUAAUAAACCCAUAAAAUGUUUUGCCACUGCAAGCCUUGAAGCUAUGAGGCACACUAUAUCAUUUCUACUCUGGAGUGUUACAUUUUCUCUUCCCAGUGGCUAGGGGAAAUUUUGAGCCAUGAUCUAACUAUACUGGUUUUAAAACCGUUUUACAUAAAUGACAACAUUCACAAUAGAAGUGUGAACCAGAAACACAGACCUCUGUUCCUUCACCAUAAGUACUGGGGGUAUAGAUUCUAGCACAUUAAAAUUCCAAGGAGGCAGGUGUCCAUAUCUACAAAGGACAUUUGUUCAAGUAACUUACUAAUAAUUAAACUCCAUAAAGCAGUGUGUUUAAAAAACGUAAUUAAGGUCCCUUUAACAGCGAUUUAUAUGAUGUGAUCUGCCUCUCUCAUCUCAUAGGAAGUGAUGAAGCAUCACAGCAAGAAUUUACUUCCUGUUUGAAGCAAACCCUAACAGGACUGGCAAAAAAUGCAGAUGAGCUGCAGGUAUGAAUUUUUUGAUGGCUAAUUAAAUAUCAUAUAUUGCUUUUUUUUUUUUUUUUUUAAUUCCGAAACCUUUUCUUCAAAUGUGUAUUCAUGAAACCUAAACUUUGAUUCAUGCUUUGUGUUUCAGUAGUCCAGAACCAAACCGUUUUGCAUUGUUAGUGUAUUCAUGUAUAUUACUAUAGAUUAUAAUCCUGAUUGUACAUCCUUUGGCCAUAUCUCACAAGGCCUACAAGAUGGUCUGAGGUUGCUAUGACUGUAGGUUCCCUGUGUAGCUGCACAUAAGAGCUAAAAAAUAUUUGAUACGUUUGGUGCAGAAGCUUCAGGGCAAACUAUUUAUUUAUUAAGUGAUAAUUGUUGCAAAGUGAAUUCCAGAUUGCAGACUAAAGUAGCCGGACUGGAAGCAUAAUUAAAGCAUUUUUUUCAAUUUAGCUACUUUGGCCUUAGCUUUGAAAUUCUGCUUAAAUUCCUGACAUUUCUCACCUUUUAAUAAAUAAACCUGACCAUUUGAAUUAAUAAAAAUUCAUACAUGGGGUUGUUAAUUCCUAUGUCCAUUGCAUUCUGUUUUGGCUAUGUAGUAUUUCCAUCAUGGGCCACAAGUGGGCUCUAUAGGUUUUAUCUGAGCUGGAACUAGAUGUUUCAGGCCACUGACAUUGCUAAGGAUUAUGGGAGCUGUAGUUCAGCAGCUGAAAUGUGUCCUGCUGGUUAAUCUUUCCUUGUGCCAUAAUUGUAAUAUAUGCAGCCAUCUUUCUCUCAGAAUUCUAGUCUGUCAGAGGAAGAACUUGCCAAAGCGAUGGAUGGGCUUGGAAUGGAUGAAGGUGAUGGAGAUGGGAACAUCCUUCCUCUAAUGCAGAAUAUCAUGCAGAGCCUUCUUUCCAAAGAAGUACUCUACCCAUCCCUCAAAGAGAUCACAGAAAAGGUGAGUGCUGGGGCCCUCCUAUCAUCAUAAUAGGAUGGCAAAUAGCUUUUCUUUUAAGGAAAGAAUCCACAAGAAAUCAGAUACCAAGCUGAGCUUACAGGGAUACUGUAGGCAUCAAAACAACUUUAGCUUAAUGAAGCAGUUUUGGUGUAUAUAUCAUGCCCCAUGCUCAAUUCUUUGCCAUUUAGGAGUAAAAUAAUUUUGUUUAUGCAGCUCUGGCCACAGCUCCCUGCAUGUGACUCGCAUAGCCUGGUUUCAUUUUUAAUAAGAUCUUAACUGACCUUAGAAGUUAUUUCCUGCUCUAUAAAGUGAAAUUUAGUCACACACGGGAGGCUCCUGCAGGAUAUUAACAGGGAAGGAGAUUAGACAUUCUACAUUAAGCAGACUGUGCAAUCAAAGUUUAAACAUUAGAUCGAUCUCCCUUUACAGGAAGUGUUUAGGAAGGCUGUUCAAGUCACAUGCAGGGAGGUGUGGCUAGGGCUGCAUAAACAAAGUGAUUUAAAUCCUUAAAGGGACACUCCAGGCACCCAGACCACUUCUGCCCAUUGGAGUGGUCUGUGUGCCAACUCCCACUACUCCUAACCCUGCAAGUGUAAUUAUUGCAGUUUUUUGUUUUUAAACUGCAAUAAUUACAUUGCAGGGUUACCUCCACCUCUAGUGGCUGUCUUAUCUACUAGACAGCCACUAGAGGGCACUUCCUGAUUCAUAGCAAAGAUUUUCUUUGCUAGAGCGUCGCUAGACGUCCUCACGCAUGCGCAUCAGGUUUCCUCAGCCGGCGGGCGGGAUCAGUCUCGCCCACCGGCUGACGUAAUUACUGGGAGGAGCGACGCCGACCCGAAACCACAGCCGAGGGACAUUGGCAGGGUCUCUGGUAAGUGACCUGAAGGGGUUUUCACCCCUUCAGCUACCUGAGGUGGGAGGGAGAGGGGACCUGCAGUGCCAGGAAAACGGAUUGUUUUCCUGGCACUGGAGUUUCCCUUUAAUGACAGAAUUAAGCAGUGAGGCUGCAGGGGCAUGACCUAUACAACAAAACUGCUUCAUUAAGCUAAAGUUUUUUUGGUGACUGUUGUAUCCAUUUUAGGUUUAACCUGCCUACUUUGUAAAGUAUUUUUAAUAGUAUUUAUAUAGUGCCAACAUUUUCUGGAGCUCUUUUAAAUUUUAGCAAAUGGCUAUUUAGAGAUGAAUCUGAAUUUUAUAGAUUAUUAGGUGUCUUUCCAAAGGACACUUACUGGGAUUUCUGGUUCUAAGCCAAUAUACAUGACCCCCACAGUUCUUUGGCCUGCCAUUUUAUUGUUUGUGGGUAACCUGAUGCCAGUGAUGCAGUCUUAUCAUUGUAUUUAAAGGGACACCCUGAGCAGGAUGACCCCUGCAGCUCGUGUACUAGUAAUAGUUUAUAAUUUCUCUGCGUCACUUAACGGUGUUUAUGUCAAACCAUUCGGGAGCAUUUGACAAACAUUGAGGCCCUUCCCUCCACAUUUAGACUGCCCUCUCCAUGGUUGCGGUAAUGUAGACUUUACUCUUCCGUAUUAUCGUUGCCAGUUCUGUUACUUAAUCCACAAUGAUGGUUCUGAGUGCUGGGUCUAACUUGCUCCCCAGUUCAUUCUGACAAUCACAUCAGACAAAAUUGAUCCUGAAAAUGUAAACUCUUCAUUGUCCAUGCAGAAAAUAUGGUGGCAGUCUUAAAGUACUAACGAGAGCCUUGCAUUCUUUCAAUCUGUUCCUAAAUUGUAUCACCAAGAACCGGAAGAUGGAGCCAACAAACUAGUGACAACAUAACCACAACAAUUAACAGUAGUGGUUUAUGUUGCAUCAUGUCCCUUUAAAGGACCACUAUAGGCACCCAGACCACUUCGGCUGUCUGGGUGCCAGGUCCCCCUAGUUUUAACCCUGCAGCUGUAAAAAUGUUUACAUUGAGGGUUAAUCCAGCCUCUAGUGGCUCUCACUGACAGCCACUAGAGGCCGCUUCUGCGAUUCUCACUGUGAAAAUCAGUGAGAAGACGCUGACGUCCAUAGGAAAGAAUUGAGUAAUUCUUUCCUUUGGGCGGUUUGAAGAGAUCUGCGCGCGCAUUGGGCGCUGACGCCGGCAGGAGGAAGAGCGUUCCCCAGUGCCUAGGAAGCCCGGCGCUGGAGAAAGGUAAGUGGCUGAAGGGGUUUUAACACCUUCAGUCCAGUGGGAGGGGGGCCAUGAGGGUGGGGGGACCUAAGGACCACAUAGUGCCAGGAAAACUAGUUUGUUUUCCUGGCAUUAGUCGUCCUUUAAGAUUUGUUUUCAGGCUUAGAAUGUCUUUUAGAAUUGCUUACCGCUAAAUAAAAAUAUUGAUAAAGCAAGUGGAUGCCUUGAUUUAUAGUGACCAACUGCUGUGUGUUGUUUCUGUGUCUUUAAAUUAAGGGAGGAUCAUACGCUUGAUGGUUAAAGGGUAACUGACUUUCCAGGAUUGUUAAUAUUUGGUUUGCUUCUCCUUAUAUUUAACAAAUAUGCAGUUGUGAGGUGUAAAAAUCCACAUCUGUUUAUCCAGUAACUUAUCACCUGCGUUUUAGAUAUCUGUCAAUAAUUGCUCUAAUCUCUGUCCUCCCUCUGUUUUGUAACCUGUAAGUCAGCAUAGAGAAAGUAUGCAGAGAAGAGGAGAAAUUAACUGCAAUUUCACUUAUCUUCUGUGCUAUUGGUUAUGGAAAAUAUAUAUAUUUUGUGUCUGAGGAUUUUACGUGUACCCAUAGUACACCUAUAUCUUUAUUGCAACUUAGCCAAGCGAUCAAGUCUGACAUUGUAGUGGUUACGGUGACUAUAGUGUUCCUUUUAAUCUGCAGUGACCUGGCACUGAGCAUGAGUGCGGCCAUCUUGACUUGGCAGUAUAGGACAUCACAUUGCUUGCAUUUGCGUGCUUUUAUCGUUCUUAUCUACACUUGGCGACUCUUCUGUGUUGCAAGAGCAACACGGCGUCAUUAACCCGUUCUCUCCAGGGCAAUAUGCGAUUAUGGUGUGUCCUCUCCCUUAUUCUUUCACCCAGUAUCCGGACUGGCUGCGGACGAAUCGGGAAACACUAGCAGCUGACGACUAUCGCAAGUACCAGGACCAGCACACCCUAAUGGAGAAGAUCUGCCAGCAGUUCGAGGUGGAGGAUCAGGGAGAAGGUGACACAGCGCGUUUCGAGGCAGUAAUGGACCUCAUGCAGCAGGUAUGUCAACAUGUAUUUCAUGACUGUAUUAAACACCUACCAGGUUCUCCAUUCUAACAUAAGUUUGAAAUCUAUCAGUCUAUCCAAAACAAACCAGAUUUCUUAAAGUAUUUCAUAUUUAGUAAAUGGACAGUCUAACCCCCUUAACACUUACUGCUUGUUGUAGUACUUUCAUACAAGAAAAGAUCUGCUAUGCGUACAGUAUUUAAAGUAACACUGCAGGGUCAGGAACACAAACCUGUAUUCCUGGGCCCGUCAUGCCUCCCUAUAUAUAGUAAAAUCUUACUUGUAUUCAAACCUGAAGCUGCUGGCUCUGCCCUGUCUGCCUAAAACCAGCAAGCAGUCUGCUGACAUCAGAAGUGGUGGCCUGAUCCAAUCACAAUGCUUCUCCAUAGGUUUGGGUGAGACUGACAAGGAGGCAGAUCGGGGCAGAGCAAGCACAAUUCAAACACCGUCCUGGCCAAUCAGCAUCUCCUCAUAGAGAUGAAUUGAAUCAAUGAAUCUCUGAGGAAAGUUCAGUUUCUGCAUGCAGAGGGAAGAGACACUGAAUGUUUAGAUGCAUUUUAGGCAGCCAUGACCCAGGAAGGAUCUCUAACAGCCAUCUGAGGAGUGGCCAGUGAAGUUAUCACUAGGCUGUAAUGUAAACACUGCAUUUUCUCUGAAAAGACAGUGCUUACAGCAAAAAGCCUGAAGGUAAUGAUUCUACUCACCAGAACAAAUUCAAUAAGCUGUAGUUGUUCUGGUGACUAUAGUGUCCCUUUUUAAAGUAUGUGAUAGUCGCAAUACAAGAAUAAUUUCAAUUUUAAAUGAUUUACUAUAAAAUGCUUAACAUCUAAACAAAAACUUCGACUUUAAAUCCACACGUAAAUGUGUAGCCGUUACCAACAAAGUAUAUAGAUUGGCACACAGACACAAUAAAUAAAGAAUUCACUCAGAUGGUACAGACAUGGGGGGGGAAAAGAGAGAAACAAGAUGCAUAGUAUAUAAACACAACUGAGGUGUAAUCUCACAAUGGGGUCAGACUUCCAUAAAUUACCACUAUAUUCAAAUCACUUGUUCAAGGUAAGGAACAUUAAAAAAAUGACACCAGGGGGCGGAGCCUAGCACUGGACCGGAGCGGACGCACAUUGCCGGAGCUCCGAGGUACCGCACGGCAAUCCGGCAAUAUCGGAGGCAUCUCGCACUAAUCCCGGCCACACAUUCAGUCACAGCCCGCAGGGAACCUCACUGCGACCGCCGAUGCCGUUUCUCCUGACGCCCGGCUCAAAAAAUAGAUGCCGAGGCGGCAAGGCCUACCGGGCGGGGAGGCAACCUCAACCCAACACGGGAGAACAUUGGCCCUGGAGUGUCCCAGACUUUGAGGACUGGUACCCCAGCACACACCGCUCAGGUGAGAUGGGGCGCAGAACGCAGAAACUGCCCCAAAAUGCCCCAAAACCGCAGCGCGACAUAGGCCAAAUGCUACAGGCCCCAAGCGCAGUAAAGGCACAGACCCCCCGUGAAACCUCCCCGGCACCAUCAGAGGAGGGAGAAUCGCUAGACAGCCCACACCUCAAUCCCCAACACCCCACACACGUGGAUGCCAGAAGCCAGCGCACCGGCCUCCAAACAAGAUAUACAGGCUAUGCUGACAGGCCUGCAACAGAACCUAAGACAAAUGUGGGAAGCGGACCUGGCAGUGCUUAAACUAGACGUGCACGCCGUGUCCACUCGCACUCAGGCGGUAGAAGAGGAGGUAAAGGGACUAAGAGAGAACUACCAGGAAUUGGGGGAGACGGUGCGACACCUUCAAGCUGCACAAGCAACAAUGUCCAGGCAAGUUACCCUCCUAGAUGAUAGGGGACGCCGAAAAAACAUAAAAAUCCGAGGGGUGCCUGAAUCAAUACCGCUGGAAGAGUUGCCACAUUUCAUCAGACGCCUUGUGGCCACACUCCUGCCAACUAGACAAUCUAAAUCGUUCCAGUUCGACGGGGUUUACAGGAUAGCCAAAUCCCCACAAGCACCCAACUCAGCCCCACGAGACAUAAUAUUGAGAUGCCAAUCAAUGUUGGACAAACUGGGGCUAAUGGCCGCUAUACAAGGGAAGACACCUCUUGACUUUGAAGACAGCAAACUUUCCUUCUUUCAGGACUUGAGCAGGGCCACACUGAUAUGGCGCAAAAGUAUGCAACCAAUCACCAAACAACUCCAAGCCGCAGGAGUAGCCUAUAGAUGGGCAACACCAGGAACUCUCUGGAUCACUAAAGAUGACAAGCACUACAGAGCCACCGACCACGCAGAGGGCCCAGCACUGAUGACGCAUUGGGAAUAUCGAACCUCGCAGCGACCUCAAUGACACAGACAGCUCAUCGACCAGGGACAACGAGCACAGAUUCAACCGCAACCCCUGGAACAAGCAGAGGCCCGAAAACCAAAACCUGAACGAACUGCCUCACCGACGGCCUCAUAGGCCUUAGUUUCACUAGUUUAAAUAUUUUAAGUUGAUAAAUCUGUUUAUUUAAGUUAAAUGUAGUUCUCCCACACUCUGACGGCUAUAACAGUGCUAAAAAGGCCCACCAGAGCCACGCACACCAGCUCCGAUAACAAUCCCCCCCCCUCCCUUGGGUUAAUGGGAAACGACAUCACAGGCGACAUAGUAACCCUGACUGGAAUCAAGCUCACCGCAAGGUCUGAUGCCCCAAGGGCACAACUUGAUCCUGUCACACUACAGCGACCUAUAUAUAUACCUAGACACGAAUUUAUAGUUACCACUAGGGCCAAAAAGACACCUUGGGACACCUAGAGCACCACACACAUGGGUACCCACCAAUAGCUACAACCAGAAAAAAAAAAAAAAAAGAAGAGGAGCGGACAUAGUCCUAGAAAGGGCACAAAUAGAGAGACCCCGUAACUACCGCAAUCCGCUUCCUUAUCCAAACUCGAAAGGGUCAAGAGACACACCCAACACCCAUAACCUAUAGUCGCACGACCUGGAAUUGGGAACAGCCACUGGACCUAGCUGUAAAUGCCUUUCCCCCUCCACCCACGACUCCGCAGACCUUAGGGUGUCUUAGGCAGACAGAAGUCUUCCACCCCCACAGUUAUUGGAUUUUAAAACCUCAUUAUAACAAUGUGACCUAUUGUAAAUCUAAAAUGUGGGUGACUAGCACACAACAAUGCCUUGUAUUUAAUAUGUACUGAUUCUAAUCGUUGUGUAGAGGCUGUUGUGGCCAACUUCAUGAAUCUGUUAUCUUUCCACAUGAAAAAUAAAGAAUUCAAAAAAAAAUAAAAAAUAAAAAUGACACCACUGAGAGGUCCAGGUCCAGUAAGGAUAAUGGAAAUGAAUUCAGUCUACUACUUUUUUAUUUAGAGAGCAAAAUCACUGUAUAAAUUAUAAUCCAAAAAAGGAAACCAUAAUUCAUCACAAAUAGUGAGUGAAACAACACACAGAAACCAAGUGUUUCUUCACACUUUCCAUACACUUUCUUCACGUGAACACUUGAUUUUUGUGAAUACACUUCUGAUCCCAUUAUGGGAUUACACCUCACUUUGUGUGUUUCCUUUCUAUUCGAAGAUACAUGGUAUAAUAUUGUUUUGUAUCAAUUUUAAGGAAUGUUUUAAAUAAACUGAUACUCUCAAACAAGGAACAGGGGAAGGCUGCUCAGACUAUAAAGGCUCCAGCUAUCAUAUAAUAUUGUGAUCAAAAUGUUUGUCCUUAAAGUUGCACUAUCGUGCCAAACAUAACUUUCUCCUAUUGUUUCUGUUUCUCUUCCUUUCUCAGAAUCUGUUAUUCUUUUCUUUAUUUCUGAUCUAGUUUUCUUUAAAACAUAAGACAAAGUAGGGCUUACUUUGUCUGAUGAAUUUUUCCUAUGCCUCACUUAUUCUGACACAAGGAGUUGCUUAAACGGAUCCUAUAGUGACAGGAAAACAAACUAGUUUUCCUGGCACUAUAGGCUUUUGGAGAGCCCCCCUCGCUCAACGCUGAAGGGGUUAAAACCCCUUCAUCCAUUUACAUUAAUCCACGUCGGCUCCCGAGUGGAGCCGAAUACACAUGUGCGGCCAGAGCCGCGCGCGCAUUCAAACCCACCCAUAGGAAAUCAUUACUCAAUCCUUCCCUAAGGGGAUCUUAUUUGACGCUGGACUCCGUGAGGACGUCCAGUGUCAGAUAAGUGCGAUUUACUCCGUGUAAAUCUUCGAAGCGGCUUCUAGUGGCUGUCAGGGAGACAGCCACUAGAGGCUGGAUUAACCCUAUGUUUUCAGCUGCAGGGUUAAAACUAGGGGGACCUGGCACACAGACCACUUCAUUGAGCUGAAGUGGUCUAGGUGCCUAUAGUGGUCCUUUUAAGUCAGCUCUAUUUCCUGUGUCAAGGAGAAGGGUGAGUACUAUUUCUGACACAAGAAAUUAAGCUGAUUUUAAGCUCCUCCUUGUCAAGAAAGUCAGGCGUCGGAAAAAUACAUAUGACAAAGUAGUCUCUACUUUUAUCUAAUUAAAAACUUUUUAAAAUUAAUCUGAUAUGGAACUAAUAGGAGAAAGGUACGUUUGGCGGGACAGUACCACUUUGAGGUCUAUAAUGAUAUCUGUAAUGUCCUUUUUAAAGCGGCACUGUCACCGUCUGGGGACUUUGCAAAAUCCGCAAAGACACAUCCCAUCUUCUCUUAGCAGAUCCUCUUCAGCUCUUGGCACUUCAGUGCCAGGAUCCGACUUCACUGCUGUACUCUCUUGCACACACUUCUUUUCUUGUAUGGUAGUUGGUCUAAGAGGGUUUUGAAAUAUUGCAUUAGAAAGGUUGUUGCUUAAAUUUUUCGCACAUUCUGUGUAGGGCUCCAUGUUAACUUUUAUUUAUUUUGGGAUUCUAGUUGGGAUGCUUUGAAGCUGUGUGUAGUGUCCCCUGGUUUCCGAGGUAACUGUUGUGGAGAGGUGCCACUAGCGCUUUCUCUGUACCCCCACUGAUAAGUAAAUUCCCAUCUGGGCUACACCGCAUUCUCAGCCUAUCACUGCCUGUCUGACACACAGUCACGGCACCCGAAGACUCAUAGCACCAUAAUCUCUGCACUCCUGUAUAGACGUUAUGGUGUUUACACUGCUAGUCAAAAGAAUAAGAUACCCAAUAGUUUCCUUCUUGGGGUCUAUACACCAGUGUAGACACUCCAGUAGUGUCCAAAGGGCUUAACCCCAAUAAUAACACAGGAAAGAUUCACCUAAUCCACAAUAAAAUGGACGAGGUAAAAACUGGAAAAAUGUAAUCCGUAUCCUGAGGUAAAUGGGAUCACAGUCCACUCUGCAUGCACCAAUACAUACACUUUAUGCACAUUUUAAAAAAAGAAAAAGAAAAGUAUAUUAAAACAAACCCAACAUUUCAAAUCCGCCUCCCACCCGACCAACACUUGAUCACCUUCGGUCUAGUUUUUGGGGGUACUACUAAAACAUUGGUUUGUAAUAUUGGACAACAAAGUGGCUUUCACUAAUCUUGCAAUACCACUGCCCUAUGGAUCUGAAUUUCCUGUAUGUUCUACAACAUGCUGUACUUGGACUUUUUUAUGAAAAUGGCGAAACCCCUCUUACACACUUUAUUUUAUUUCUUCUCAGCUACAAGAAUUGGGACACCCACCAAAAGAGCUGGCUGGAGAUUCUGUAAGUUCCCCCACCCAAUAUAAUUGGGAAUAUUAACCUUCAAUUGUUACUUCAAGCAUCAUAAACACUGCAGCACGCUGUAAAGGAUAUGAUUCCAGGAGUACCCUGGUCCUUUUUUCCUGGUAAUGGGUCAAACACUGAAGUGGUUAUGGUGCUUGGCGCAACCAUUUUAUAUUCAUUUCUAAACAAUACUAUGCUUCACUCUCCUGUAUGUAAAGACACUGUUUUUAGUUUCCCUGCUUUACACCGUAUUGCUAGACUUUGGUAACAUACUAGGUCAUAAAAAUUAAAUGUAAAGAUUUUCUUUAAGUUUAUUUAAAAAAAAAAAAAAAAACACAAACAUUUCCGGUGCUAAAGGCUCCCCCUGUCGCAUUUACUUCUCCACUUCCCAUGACGUCAGGGAGGAGGCAUGGCGUCCUAGGCUGAUUUCCAAUCCAGUAUUCCUCAUAGAGGAGACCAUACAACUGUGAUUAGAAUGAAAACUCACAAAACACUGGCACAAAAUAUUUUGUACAACUGUGUUUUUAGUCGGGAUCAUGGUUUAUUUUGGUUUUUUUGCCAUCACCUUCAGAUUGCAAGGCAGAGGUCUAUCGAAUCUCAGUCCACAAAGACAGUCUUCCAGAAUGAUUGGUUCUCUGGUAAAAAAAUAAAUAAAAACUAAAAUAUCAAAGAUUAUAAGUUUAGGCCACUGACCUCCUUACAGCAGUACCGCUGUGACAUCUGAAUCUAGCUGAAUGCAUUUAAUCUUUUAAACCUUUUGUAUUUACAUUCUCCCAUACUAGAAGACCUGCAUUGUAGAUUGUGGACAUAAAGAUUUGUAGGACACUGACCUUGACACCCGGAGAUGAUAAAAUGAUGGCGCCUGGUUGGGGAAGAUGUCAUCCAAUAGUGCAGUUCAGCAAAUUCACUUUUGUAUGCCAAUAGUUUUGUGUUUUUAAAAGUUAGGGUUUUUGUUUUAUUUUAAUAUUUUAUAAGUGUGCGUAGUUUAAGUUGGUGUCUGGAGUGUCCCUCUAAGUAAAUAUACUCAAACGUAAAUGUACUUCAAUAUAAUAUGUGCAUGCUUACUGGUUCUAAUCAUAUUUACUUAAAUUUAAUUAAUGUUUUUUUUUUUUUUUUUUAGCCUCCAGGUUUCAAUUUUGACCUCGAUGGAUUGAACCUCUCUAAUUCUGGGAAUGCCAGUGGGGAGCAGUGUUUGAUCAUGUGAUUUGGUUUCUGCCAUCCAAUCAGAAUGCAGUAAGGGGACAAUCUCUUCCUCUCACUACUGACCCUGUUUAGCACCUGUGGAGCAGGGAUCAACACAUGGGACACACAACCUCUCCCGUCUCGAGCAAGUGUGCUCAGUGCAGAAUGAUAGUUUCUGAGUUUGGUGAUGUCUGCUAAUAACAGUACUGUUUUUGUGAUUACCAAGACGCCUUAAAAUUAGCCCAACAUUUAAGAAUGGAUGACAAAAGUUAGACCUCUUCCAGUUUGGUAAUGCUUAAUGGCUAGGUUAGCAGUAUUAAUUAGUUUGGUAUUGGCACUUUAAUAUUAGGAGGGUUUACUCACCAAACCAGCUGUUGCAGGGAACUUUAGGCCAAAGUAGCUGAACUAUUAAAAGCAAAGUUAAAAGCUAUUUAGACUCGAAUUGUUGCAUCCCUCAUUUCUCAGCACUCGCUGGUUCGGUGAAAAAUCCCUAGUAGGUUGUACCCAUUUAAAUUGGAUUCCUAACCCUGUACCAUAUCAUAUGUCUACUAAUAUACAUAGCCGUCUGAGCUGCAUUGCAAAUACAUAAUUAUCUGCAGGACAGUAACAUAUCAUUUAAAAAAAAAAAAAAUUGGUUUUUUUUUUUCCUUUCUAUUCAGCUUGAGUGAUCUAAAAGGGGCUUUGUCUAUUAAAUAUGUUGGACCGCAGACGAUGGGAGUAGACCAUAUAAAGCAAUGGAGCAUACGGUUUAAUUGAUGUUUUAAAAUGAUCUCAAACAGGCUCUAAUGUAACUUUUUUUUUUUUUAUAUAUAUAUUUUUGUCACUCCCUGUGUACUUGUCCGUCUCUGCGGUAAAGCAACGCUUUUUUUUUUUUUUCUCGGUAGGAUGCAGGUCUUGGGCUUUUUCAGCCUUGAUGCUGAUAAAGCGUUAUGAGAAAUCUAGUGCUACAUUUUUAGUGGCUACUUUUUAGCACAUCCCUGCUAUAAGUGUGCAAUGUUAGCUCUCCUACAUGUCCCAGAAUCCUCCACCCCUUCAAGCUGUGACUUCCUAUGAGUUUGUGUUUGCUCUGCAUGCGUAAUGUAUGGAUUGUGUUGUGUAAGAUGCUUAUAUGGGCUGGACGAGGUUGCACUGGAGCAAAGGAUAAACUACAACCCUGCUCGGAAAGGACCGUUAUUAAAACAGAUGUAAUAACUUGGUACAGAUCUAGAGCUGAUUAAUAAAACGGUAAUUAUUUAUUUUUUUAAUGGUGCCAGUGUGGGUUUUGUUUUUCAUUUCACCGCUAUAAUGUAAAAUGUGGCUGCUUAGUUCUAAAAGGAGACGUGAAGACCGCUGUAAAUGCUGAA